UCCAAUGAAUGGCUGCUGGCGAGGGAAUCCAGACAUUUCAUCCGCUCUGUUGGAGUAACGAUGCAUCUAAAAGUUGCAGGCCGGGAGAUCUGGAGGACCGGAUUGAUGAGCCCUGAUCUAGUGGAUAAGACCCGGCCUGUCAGACACAACUCAGGGCAAACAGUAAGAGGGGUUUCCUCCAUCCUGGGGUCAGAGGUUAACUCUCCUCCUUCACGUCUGUAAAUUGUCUCCAUCAGUUCGGAGCUGAAGUCGAGUCGUUGGCAUGGCAACAGAAGGCGAGCGGGAUGCUGCGCGCGUGUCCUGUAGAUUAAGAGGGAACUGUGAUGUCAUGGAGGGGCUUCAUCUGCUGCCAUGAUGUAAUCAGAACCAGGAGGCCGGUUCUGAUCCGGAUGGUUCUAUGGGUCGAAGAGAGAACUGGAUCCAUUAUUAACCUUUCAGCCAGCUGACCUUCUGUGAGCAGCAGAAAGUGUUGUGUGGUGUGACAGCCUGUGACCUCUGACCUCUGACUCCAGCUUCACUAGGACAGAGGCCGAUUCAGGAACUGAGUUCUGGUAGAACCAGCUGGUCCGUUAAAGGGGAAGGUACCGUCCAGCGCAGUCCUCCUCAGGCUGACCAACCGUUCCUGACCCAACCGGUUCCGGUUCCUCUGCGGUCUGUUCCGGUUCUUCCCAGAACCCAGAACUGCUCUGCUAUUUAUAGCCACUGAUUUGCAUAUUUUUCUCAACAAAAGCAUUGAAACUGAAAUUCAAAUCCGUCCGUUCAGAACCGCGUCGCUCUAGCCGAUCGAACCGGCAGAGCACGGGAAAAGCCUGGCGUCACCAUGGAAACCAGGACGCGCUGGCACGUCAGAGGGGUCGUGACCUCUGAAGGGUUGCUGGUUCUUUAGCUCAGCGCUGCUAGCGCUCGGAGCCGCUGUCUGAUUCUGUGUGUAACUUCAUGUGUCAUGAGAAAUGCCUGAAGACGCUGCGGGCGGUGUGCACCUGCAUGGCUCCGUCUCAGGUUCAGGUGCCGGUGGCUCACUGCUUCGGCCCCGCCGGUCAGAAGAAGCGUUUCUGCUGCGUGUGCAGGAAGCAGACGGAGGGAAGCACGGCGCUGCGCUGUGAAGUGUGCGAGCUGCACGUCCAUGCCGACUGCGCCGCCUUCAGCUGCGCAGACUGUCGCUGCUGCCACCUGGACCAGAACCUGCAGCAGGAAUCGCUGCAGCACCAGUGGAGGGAGGGAGUCCCGGCGUCGGCGCACUGCGAAUUCUGCCGCCGCUCCUGCGGUUCCUCUGAGGUUCUGUCCGGGUUGAGGUGCGAGUGGUGCGGCGUCACGGUCCAUGCGUCCUGCUGCCACCGCCUCCCGGCAGAGUGUGCCCUGGGGCGACUCCGCAGCAUGAUGCUGCCACCGCCGUGCGUCCGACUCCAGUCCAGGAACUUCAGCAAGAUGCAGUGCUACCGGAUCGCCGAGAGCAGCAGCCAGGACCGCGAUAACUGGGAUGAAGCCGAACCAGCAGCUACUGCGCCCAGAGAGCUCCAGUCUGCAGCUCCAGAAACCAGUAAGCUGGUCAUCAAGGUGUUUGACGGCGAUGAUGCUUUGAGGCGCGGCUUCUUCCGAUUGGUUCCCAGCUGCCGAGGCGUGAAGAACGAGGAAGUGGAGGCAGCGCUGAGGGCCUUCUACCUGCCCGGCGAGCCUCAUCAUUUUGACCUGGAAGAUGUUGGCGCUGUGCAGCGUCACCAUAGCGACGACUUCCAGAACCAGAACGCCGGCGAGGCCCGGGUGCUGAGGGCCAAGCUACGGCGUGAUGAUGUCAUCAAGGUGCACGCUGCAUGGAGCAGGUGGAGUGCAGCAUCAGUGGAAGUAUCAGAGACGAGCACAGCGGCGUCCGUCCUGAGCGACGUUCUGCUGCAGCUGGACAGACAGGGCGAAGACGCCUCCAGCUUCAGUCUGCAGGAAGUCUGGAUGAGCAGCAAGCAAGUGCAGAGACAAACCCUGAGUCCUCAGGAGAAGAUGGUGGACAAACUGCAGGAGAUCAGGCAGCUCUCCCUGCGACAGAUGAACCAGACCCGUUUCUACGUAGUCCAGAACCAGAACCCGACCGUGCAGGUCAGCCUGCUGGUCUCAGGACUGCCCCCCCUGCUGACCAAGGAGGAGUACUGCAGCCUGCUGGAGGAACAUCUGGACUUCAAAGGUCACCUGGUCACGCUAACUCACUUCUAUGAAGCUCAAGGUGCUGUGGCGCUGCAGAUUAGCUGCUUCGCUGAAGCAGAGAGGAUCUACAUGUUGGCUAAAGACACGACCAUCAGCAACAAGACGCUGACAUCACUGAUCAUACCUGAGAUCCAGUGCCAGAAGCUGGGGGACGCAGUCUGCCCCCUGCUGGUGUUCGUGAACCCGAAGAGCGGCGGGCUGAAGGGCAGAGAGCUGCUGCACAGCUUCAGGAAGCUGUUGAACCCCCACCAGGUGUUUGACAUCACCAACGGAGGCCCGCUGGCAGGCCUCCACGCCUUCAGGGAGGUUCCCAGGUUCCGGGUUCUGGUCUGCGGCGGCGAUGGCACGGUGGGAUGGGUUCUGGGGGUUCUGGAGACCGAGAGGCACAAGCUGGUUUGCCGCGAGCCGCCCAUUGGCAUCGUCCCUCUGGGAACAGGGAACGACCUGGCCCGGAUCCUGCGCUGGGGGCCGGGUUAUGGCGGCGACGACCCCCACCACAUCCUGGCGUCCGUGGACGAGGCGGACGAAGUCCAGAUGGACCGCUGGACCAUCCUGCUGGACGCGCAGGACGUCUCAGAGGACGGGACGGACAGCGGCGUCCUGGAGCCGCCCAAGAUCGUCCAGAUGAACAACUACUUCGGCCUCGGCAUCGACGCCGAGCUCAGCCUGGACUUCCACCUGGCCCGGGAGGGAGAACCCGACAAAUUCACCAGCAGGUUCCACAACAAAGGCGUUUACGUGAAGAUGGGUCUGCAGAAGAUCAGCCACAGCCGCAGCCUCCACAAGGAGCUGCAGCUGCAGGUGGACAAGCAGCCCGUCCCGCUGCCCAACAUCGAGGGGCUCAUCUUCCUCAACAUUCCCAGCUGGGGUUCUGGAGCCGACCUGUGGGGGUCGGAGGCCGACGGCCGGUUCUCCAGGCCCAGGAUUGACGACGGCCUGCUGGAGGUGGUCGGGGUCACCGGGGUCGUCCACAUGGGCCAGGUGCAGAGCGGGCUGCGCUGCGGGAUCCGGAUCGCCCAGGGAUCCUACAUCCGCCUCAUCGUCAGCAAAGAGCUUCCUGUCCAGGUGGACGGCGAGCCCUGGCUGCAGGCGCCGGGACACAUCAUCAUCUCUGCUGCCGGACCCAAGGUACCGGGGAUUGGCCCUGCAGGUCCGGAUGCUCAGGAAGUCCAAACAGAAACAGAGGAAGUCUCCGUCCAGCAGAGACGGACGCUCAGACAGUCCGUCCUCUAGAGACGGGGGACACUGACCGGACCGGACCGGACCGCCGGUUCUGCCUCUGCAGCUGCUUCGUGUUGAAGCCGGGAGGCCGGUCCGGUCCGGUCCGGUUCCGGUGGCUGAGAUUCCACUCGUGUAGCUUUUAUGUAGAUCCACAGGAAGACAGACGCAGGAUGAAGGUUCCAUUUCCUGGUGAGGAAGAGGAGGAGGUCAAAGUUCAUUUCUGCUCCUAAAACAAAAAAUAAUCAUUCAGGACGAGUGAGAAGAAGAACCGGGUUCAUCGGGUCCGAGUGGAACCAAAACCACUGCUAACCCGUAGCUGUGGAUUUAUAUCAUCUUAUAUCGCAGGACGAAGAGGAGGAUGAAGAUCGGCAUCCAGACGUUUCCUCUGCAAACAUCUGGACCAGAACCGGGUCGGGUUCUGGAGAACAUCCAGAACAUGGACAGUAAGCUCCUGAUUCAUCGCCACAUUAAAUGUUUUGACUGGUUGUCAUGGUGAUUCCUGCCUUUUCUGGGGCUCAUUGAGGAGGCGGAGCUCCAGAACCUUCUGGUUCCUGCAGAACAUUAGAACAGCGGUGGGCAGUCCUGGUCCUGGAGGUCCGGUCUCCUGCAACCUUUAGAUGUGUCUCUACUUCAGCACACCUGAGUCACAUAAUGAGGUCAUUAGCAGAACUCUGGAGAACCGGUCGGGUUCUUUGGAGAACCCAACUGCACUGAGGAGGACAUUCAGCCGUUGGACCAGGGAGACUCUAAGAGCUGCAGGCCAGCGGCCCCCCAGGACCAGGAGUUCAUUAGAACCUCCAGGUCCAGUUCCUCCAGAACCAACGAGAAUGUGGACACUUCUCUCUGCUCUCUGAUUGGCUAAAAACCAGGAAGUCCUCUAGCGGUGGGAGACUAAAAGUCCUAGGAUUGGACAGAGAAAUAGGUUGAAUUCAGAAGGUUCUGGAUGUUUAACCGGGUCAGAACCAACAUCACUCAGAGCUGGACAAACUGGAGAGUAACUCGAAAAAUCCUCAAAGUUAAACUGGGAAAACUGGGAAAGGAAUCAGAAUUUAACUGGGCUGGGGAAAGUCCAGCUUCCUGUGACCAGGUCAGAGUCUGGAUGAUGGUUCUGCUGGUUCUGAUGGACCCUCCAUGUUGACUGGAUUUAAUCUCUGACGUUUACUUUUGGCUGUCGUAUUUUUCUUAUUUUUGGUGCUAGAAAAUAAAACCUGGUGACUUUCUGUGUUGGCCGUUCUGGAGGUUGUGGGUCAGUUUUACUUUAGAAACGUGAAACUGCAGGGUUCUGUUUGACCCAUUUGGUAAAUUUUCAGAACUUCUGACUGAAGCGUCUCAUCCAGUUUUGAGCUUCCUGAGGGUUCAGGCUGCAGUUCUGCUGACUGGCCAGCAGGAGGCGCUGCAGGGGGAACGCAGUGGCGUUAACUGAUCUGCUGUUUCAUGACAUGCAUGAAGUUCUAUUUAUCGUUGAAACAGAACCGAGCGGUUCUGGUUCUGGACUUUCAGAUUCCUGUUGCUCUGAAUAAAAAUGUGAGACUCGGCCGGGCCGGGCGGCACCAGAACCACAGAGGUUCUGACUGAAAGAAAAUAAAGUAAAGCAUUGUUUACCCCCACAGAUUGAUAGCAUGGGAUCAACAGGCUGAUCAGGGUUUUAAUCCAGGACGAUAAAAUGUUUUUGGAUUUUAAAAACUGAAUUUAUAAUAAAACAUCAUCUGGGUCCAAAAUGUUCAGAUUAAUCUAAUUUAGUUACAUGAAAAACAUGAUUAUUGUUCAAUGGCAACUCUUACAUUUAUGUCCAAAUUUUCCAUCAUCUUUAUAGUUUAGUCAUUAUUUUACUAAAAAGAAAUCUGUUCACUAAAUUUGGCUUUAAGUCAUAAAGAAUAUCCAGAUGUUAUUUUAGAAAUUUAUAAUCUCUGAAAAUAUUUGACUUUUUUUUUCUCAAACAUUUAUUUUAAUCUCAUUAUCAUCUAGUUUUAGAGUUAAAUAAUAAAAAAUGAGAGAAUCUCCAGAUUAUAUUCAAUUUACAGUAAACAUAAUCUGACAUUUUCUUUGAGUUUUAUGGAGAGCAAAGAGUGCCAAAUUGCAAUAAUUAAACAACUGAUGAAAACAUUUAUUAAGUGUUACUAAUCUAUUAAAAUAGAAAAUAAAUCCAGAAGCAUUUAUUAAAGAUAAGAAAUAAUUUGUGCCCCAAUUAAAUGUUUUUAUUUUUAAAAGUAGAUAUAAUUAUUCCAUGAUUUAAUAAAUGUAUGUUUCUGCGAUGAAGCACAUUAUGAAUUAAUUUAAACUGUAACUGUACGGGGCUGUUUCUAAAAAUAAGUCAUAAAAUAAUUAAAUGUAUUUAUGUAACUUAAUUGAGACACAUAAUUAAUGCUUAAUAAAUUACUUUUGUAUUUACUUCUAGUUUUUCAUGGUGACACAUUUAAAUAAUCAUUUUAUUAGUUAUUUAUUAUAAUUUGGCAUUCUCACUAAAUGAACACAAAGAGCACCAGAACAACAGCACAGGAGCUCCACAACGGGAGAAGUUGUGCUUGGAGGCCAUGGGGCCCCUCAGUGGGUCCUCCUGUUGGCCCCCCCACUGGUUUUCUCACAGGGUGCCCGGGGCCCCGCUGGGUCUUUAUCCGUCCAUGCAGUAGUCUUACUUUACCACACUGCCAGUCGCACAACGAGCCUUCAUCGCUGCCAAGCCUGACGUAAUGUGUUGUUGCUGCUUUGACGUAGCGUUUCUGCUUCUCGUGCCUCCGUAGUGGCGACCUGAGGCCCCGCCCCUUUCGGCCGAGAGGUGGGCGGAGCCACGCCCCCAGUGCGUAGCCGUUUAGCCUGUGUGUUAGCUGCCGGUACAGUGGCGUCUUCCCCCUCACGUGCCUUUGGUUUCUGUCUGCUGUAACACCUUUUACUCGUUUUAUGAAUAGAUGACGUGUUUAUUUUUGCAAUCUGAUGCUGUUUUGACUGUAACUUGCACUAAAUGAUCCUCUUCUAUGUGCCGUAAAGGUUCUGAUGAAUGUUAGCUUAAGCUAAUUAUAGGUCAUAAAUGUAAAUGGUUAAAUAACAGAAUUGUCUAUGUGUUUAAUCAUAAUAAAAAUGGUUUAAUA